GGCCCACCAGAGAGAGCUCCCCUCAGGUCUUAUAAUCCUUAUGGGGGACCAACCUUGUGCCUCUGGGAGAUCCACGCUCCCACCUGGAAAAACGAGGGAAGCCAAGCCUCCAAAAAAGCGCUGCCUCCUCGCUCCGCGGUGGGAUUAUCCUGAAGGAACCCUCAACGGGGGUAACACCCCUCUACCCUCCGCACCACCUCCGGCGUCACCCGGCCUGAAGUUGCACCCUCCUCCUCCGGAGAAGUAGAAUAUAUUUCUCCUACCUCAAACCAGGUCAGAUUCUUUCUUUCUCAUCUGGGACAUCCAGGCUCUCUGAAACUUAAUUAUAUAUUUUCCCAGUUCUUCUUCCCCUUUUCCUGUUCUCUCCACGAUUUCAAAACAGGAGAAAGAGCAUGCAGGCACUACACAGCUUUCACAAAAUAUGCUUGGAUGAAAAGAUGGAUAUUUAAUGAUAUUAAGGAGUUAUUUUUAGUAUUUUAAAUACGAUAAUUGUACUAUGGAUAUAUUUGUUAAGAAAUAGACUAUUUCAUAGAAAUACAUUCUGAAGUAUUUAGGAAUGAAGUGAUUUUUUGAUUUGCUUCAAUGGGUCUGGGGUGUCGGUAUACACAAAAUGGUCAUGAGUUUGUAAUUGUUAAAGCUGGUAAUUCAUACAUAGUGUUCUCUCCCCUUUGGCGUAUGUUUGAAAAUUUUCCAUUAAAAAAAC